AUGGCAUCAGAAGACAGCGAAACGAUUGAAGGAGAAGUUACGGAGCCUCAUCCACUACGAAUCUGUGUCAUGGCUCCUGCCUCUACUGAACCCGAUAGCUUGGACACUCCCGAGAGCUCUGAACGAAACAAGCGACCACGGCGUGAAGAGGCUGCGCUGUUUUUGGAAAAAACAUACGAAUUGUUGGAGCGCUGUCCAUCAGAUGUUGCGAGCUGGACGAUUAAAGGCGAUAGCUUUGUAGUCAAACAGCCUGCAGUCUUUGCGGAGCAUGUGAUUCCGACCUACUUUAAACAUCGCAAAUUCAGCUCGUUUGUACGUCAAUUAAAUCUCUAUGGCUUUCGCAAGGUGCGUGCCACGUCGGCAUCAGCUUUGAUUGACGAUAUAGAGACUGGAGUGGAAGAAGAUGCAAGUCCAAAAGACUGGUGGGAAUUUCGUCAUGAACGAUUUGUCAGAGGUCGAAGGGAUCUGCUCUGUGAGAUAAGAAGACGUUCUCCGAGUGAUACAAGGGUGUCGACACCGCUCGGGAUUGGAAUUCCCGUAGAACGUGUCGAGUUUGACGAGCUACGGGUUGAAGUGAGCGGCUUACGUGAGGAGAUGCAAAAGAUACAGCGCACGAAUGAGCACCUGACAAGCUUACUGCAGAAUUUAUUACAGCGAUUCAGUAGAUCUGAGCCUGAUGGUGGCUUUAAUUCGAGCCGUCAAGAAUUCAAUCAGACACCAAACUUUGGCACAUCGCCUUCAGUAGCUCGAAGUCAACACAGACCGCUUCCAUCUAUAACAUUACCAAGUCCAACAGCUAAUUCUAGUCUCACUGGUCCUCAACAAGCUUUACUACAGCUACGUCAGGGACUUCAGCCUCCCAGUACUCCGCGUGAUAUCGUAACGCCACGUACUCCUGCUUCAGGUACGUUUCAAUUACGCCCACUGCAGUCGCUGAUGGUAAAGCUAAGUCCCGGUGGCCGUCCAACUCCGAGUCCUCAUCCAUCGCAUAAUUACGUCCGUACCCCAUCGUAUAGUCAGCAACAGCAAGAGCAACCUAAUCGAAACAAAUUGCGCUUGUACCAAACAAAAUCAUCUCCAACUGCGCACAAGUCGCCGCUCAAGCGAUUACGCCUCGACUCCACGACUUCCGGUAAUGAUUUGAACGCAGAUUCAAAUCUUCGCUCUCCAGAAGAUGUGGCAGUGCGAGAACUGAGUCGAAUGGCCUCAGACAUUCGCACAGAGCUGCUCGCUUGCAUUACUGCACGUGUUACGGGCUUUUUGCGCGUUCAUCGCGAGCAAACUGAUCCAACGCGCGAUGCUGAUGCCGACGCUGUGGCAAAAGCUGUUGGCUCAGACAUUCGUCAGAAACUUGCACUUCUACAAGCAUCCACUAGUUCAACGGACCCCAUGCUCUUAGAUGCCGAGACAACGUGCAUGUACCGUGUGGAAAUUCUCAAAUUCAUCUCUCGUGAAUUGCCACGUGCCGUUCAAGAUGCUGUAGACAAACGUUUACCAAGUUCGGAGAGACUGAAACAGCGUUCAGCCAAAGAUCGAUCCCUACUUGCGUUGCUCGUGCAAAAGGCACAAAAGGCUCUAGAAUGCCAAAUGCACUCGGAGACUGCUGCAGUGAGUACCGGACGUCGCUGA